UUGAAGGCGCUCUCCGCGGUCUUCCGGUGCUACUGCGCGCUACCUGCGUUCACCUUGACGCAGCUCUGACGGUCCGUCAGUCGGCAUGACAACGCGCUCUCGAGGGCAAACGGGGAACGGCUGACGGCUGCGAGGAUGGCAGGAGAAGAUGCCCAGUAACGGAAACAGCGGUGGGAACCGAGCGAACGGCGGCACCGGGACCUGCUCCGGGACCGGGAGGGGCUCGAUCCAUGUCCCGGCCAUGGAGAGAGCCCGGCCGGCGACGGUGACGGUAUCCGCGGUGAGCCUCGCGCUCAGCGUGCUGUCCCUGCUGCUGCUGGUCACCGCCAUCUCCACCGACCACUGGUACGAGACCGAUACCCGCAGACACAAGGAGAACUGCGACCGACACGGAUCCGACUCCAACGACCAGAAGAACCGGGAGAUGCCCAUCUACCACCUGCCGCUGGUGGACACCGGCAGUGGCGGGGCCCGGCAGCGGGACGUGGCGCUGAUGAAGCCUGUGCAUGUGGGCAGCAGAGAGGAGGAGCUGCUGGAGAACUGGCGGGCCAUCCUGGGGAUGGGCAUCCUGGAGACGGAGUGCGGCAGGCCGCUGUUCUCCACUCACUCCGGCCUGUGGAGGAAGUGCUACUUCAAGGGCCUGGACCCGGACAUCGACAAGCUUAUCGACCGGGGUAUCGCUGAUCGCUGCACGGCCGUCAAGUAUCACUUCUCUCAGCCGAUCAGACUGAGAAACAUCCCUCUGAACCUGACCAGGACCAUCCAACAGGACGAGUGGCACCUGCUGCACCUGCGUCGGAUCACUGCUGGGUUUCUGGGCAUGGCAGCGGCUGUCCUGCUGUGUGGGAGCAUCGUGGCAUCGGUCGGAUUUUUCUGGGAGGAGAGUCUGACGCAGCACGUUUCCGGACUGCUGUUCCUCAUGGCAGGGAUCUUCUGCACCAUCUCUCUGUGUACGUAUGCGGCCAGUGUGACCUACGACCUUGCUAGAAACCCUCCCUUUAUCUACGGUCUGCCGGCUGACGUGGACCACGGUUACGGCUGGUCCAUCUGCUGCGCCUGGGCCAGUCUGGGUCUGACUGUGGCCUCCGGCUGCCUCGGCACCACCUUCCCCUUCCUAAGCCAGGCCGGAGCUCUGCGAUCUAAGACCGCCCGUGAGUCCUCUGUCUGAGCCCGGAUCACUGAGAGGAAGAAGAGUAGGAGGAGGAGGUUCAUUUAAUCCAGGUCCUGGACAGACUGUUGGAGGCGGGGCUUCGGCCUCCAGGUGAAGCUACAGGAGUUAAUCAGCUGUUUCUGAAACGUGUUCAGUGAUUUGCACUUUUAAUCUGAAGCAGUGUUUGUACCAGAUGAGUGAGUCUGCACCACAGCGCCCCCUGCUGACUGACCCACUCUGAGUGUUAGUGACGUUCAUGUUUGUCUACACACACACACACACAUCUGUCAUUGUGAGGACAUUCAUUGACAUGAUGCAUUCCCUGAACCUGAUCCUGCUCCUGACCUGAGCCCUAAAACCAAGUCUUAAUCCUCAAACAGUCCUUUAAAGUUUGACAACCGGCUCAGGUCUCAUAAAACUGGUCCUCACAAAGAUAGAAUACUCACACAUACACUAUACAUUUUGACUGAGGUUGAGUGGAGUCUAGAUUGAGUCUAGACUGAUUCUGGACUGAGUCUGAACUGAGUCUAGACUGAUUCUGGACUGGUUCUAGACUGAGUCUGAAUCUGGGCUGAGUCUGGACUGAGUCUAGACUUAAUUCUGGACUGAGUCUGGACUGAGUCUGAAUCUGGACUGAGUCUAGACUGAUUCUGGAUUGAAUCUGAAUCUGUUCAGUCUGCGACAGUUAAAUGGAUCAUUAUUUAUUUCAGUCUCUGAUGCCUCGUGUAAUUAUAGACUGAGUCUGAAUCUGGGCUGAGUCUGGACUGAGUCUAGACUAAUUCUGGACUGAGUCUGAAUCUGGACUGAAUCUAGACUGAUUCUGGACUGAGUCUAGACUGAUCCUGGACUGAUUCUAGACUGAGUCUUAAUCUGGGCUGAGUCUGAAUCUGGACUGAGUCUGGACUGAAUCUGGACUGAGUCUGGACUGAUUCUAGACUGAGUCUUAAUCUGGGCUGAGUCUGAAUCUGGACUGAGUCUGGACUGAAUCUGGACUGAGUCUGGACCGAGUCUAGACUAAUUCUGGACUGAGUCUGGACUGAGUCUGGACUGAGUCUGGACUGAGUCUAGACUAAUUCUGGACUGAUUCUGGACUGAGUCUGAAUCUGGACUGAGUCUAGACUGAUUCUGAAUCUGGACUGAGUCUAGACUGAUUCUGGACUGAGUCUGAAUCUGGACUGAGUCUAGACUGAUUCUGGACUGAGUCUAGACUGAUUCUGGACUGAUUCUGGAUUGAAUCUGGACUGAAUCUGUUCAGUCUGCAACAGUUAAAUGGACCAUUAUUUAUUUCAGUCUCUGACGCCUCCUGUAAUUCUGGUUUCUGCUGAACUGAGUUUACAGCAGGACUAAGUCCAGGACCAGGUCCAGGUCCAGAGCAGAUCCAGGAUCAGCUGAUUAUUCUGUUUAGAUUAAAUUUAUUAUCAAAGAAAAACAAAGCAGAAAAUUCUCUCAGUGGAACCAUGUUUGACUCCAGAUCAGAUAUUGAUUCAUUGAUCAGCUGAUCAGUGCAGCUCUGAUUCAGACACAGUCUCAAUACUGUGACCCAGAUUCUCUUGGUCCUUCUCUGAGUCCAGCAGACGGACUUCACUGCUCCUUAUUGGUUAAAGUCACAGACUGAACAGGAUGGACUCACCUUUAUUUUUACCAUGUACCUGCAGCCACAUGUGCUGACAUCAGACAAACCCUAAUCCAGGUCCAGAGUCCAGAACCUUUUAAAAACCAGAAUCAUUUCUAGAAAACCAUUCCUGACCCAGAGUCCAGACUCGCAGAGAGGUUUGUGUUGUUUGGGUCACUGAACUUGACAAACCAGACCAGAUAAAGACCAAGUCUGCAGACUGAGACUGAACUCGACCGCAGCCACAACGCACACAAAAACACACACUGAAGAACCUAAUGAUCCAAACCUGCAGAUCCAGAUCAGGAACUGAUCAACAAACAGGAGUGAAACAUCAAACUGAUCAGCUGUAUUGAUCCAGGUCGGCAGACCCUCUGAAGUUUUUCAACACUAAACGUGACUCAGUUAAGAAGGUUUCUGAGUGUCUGAGCUGCAGUUUUCCUCACUCAGGUCAGGGUUUUAGUGAAGAGUCCUCAGUCCUCUUAGAUAUUUUAUGUUGUGAUGUUUGGGUCAGUCAGCUCCUGUCAGAUGGACCAGGUUCUCACCUCCCUCUCAGAAUGAGAUAAACCUAGAACCUAGAUUUUUCCUUCUGUUCACAAGAAUCUGCUGUAGGUCGGUUAAACCCUGUAGUCACAUGACCAGGUAGUGUUUAAUGUGAAUAUACGGUAUGCAUUAUUAUUUGAUUUUACAUGUGAUGUUCAGGUUUGAGUUCUGGUAUAAGAGGAUGUUUGAGUGUUGAUGGCAGGUUUGGAUCAGAGGGUUCGUCCACAUAGACACAGGUGUGUAUAUAAAGCCUGCUGUUUUAUACCUGAGAAGAAAAUAUAUGAAUGAACUGAAGCAGUGUUAACUUUAACGUAGGAGUUGUUGUUUGUACACUCAGCCAUCAGCCUGCGAGCUGAGCCACAGACUCUGACCUGGAGUUUAACCAUCAAGCUGAAUGAGGAACAUUACGUCUGUCUGGAGAACAUGUGGAUCAUCUGAACCAGACAAAACCUGAGUCCCUUUACUCACCAAACCAAGUCAACCACCACCCUGAUUCACUGUUCGGCUGGUCUGAGAUCAGAACUGGAUUUUAACUCUGUCAGGAGGAUUAACAUCUUCUUCUCUCAUAUGCAGGAAGCCCAGAUGUGAACAGGUCAUUCAGGUGAUCCAUGUGUAUAAACUGUGGUGUUAUUCAACUGACUGACUGCUGCUUUAUUAUGUGAACCCUGAAAGAAACUCCCUCAGUUGUCUUUAGCCCAGCCACAGAUACUGCAGCAGGCUGGAUGCCACAUUUGUACCCCCCUCAUACCCUUAGAUAACCACUGAUACCUGCUGAUACCCCUCUCUUAUACCCACUGACAGAACAGGCUGAUGGAGGAGUGACUGUUUCUUCAUGAUGCAAAGAAUCAGGGUAUGUCUGAGUUUAUGUUGAACAGAUAAUCAGACUUAGACUAGACUUUAUUGAUCCCUUGGGAUGACUCCCUCAGGGAAAGGGGAGUCAUCCCAACUAAUACCCCCCACACCACCUCCAUAUUUCUCAUGGCCUCUGAAACACUCUUACCCUGUCAUACCCCUUCUAUACACUACAAUCCCCCCGUACCCCUGUAAACCUUACGAUAUCCACGAUGCCUUCUAAAAUCCUCUGAUACCUGCUGAAACCACUCUUGUAACCUCUGAUACCCUAUUUUAUUUUCUGAUCCUACUCCAUAGCCUUUUAAACCUUCCAGUACUCUCUGAUAUCUACUGAUAUCAUAGAAUCCCCUGAUACCCCAUCACCCUGCUCCUAAACCCUCCAAUGUCGCCAGAUAUCUCUGACGCCCUAUAAAUAUCUCCAAACCCUGAUACCCUGAUACCCCAUCAUGCUCCUUCUCUACCUGCUGAUACCACCUGAUUGAAACAGGUCCUCCAUCCUCCUUGUCAUGGUCCUGUUCUUGUAGAGGGACAAAAUUUAGUUUUAAGACCUGAACUGCUUUAAUUUAUACUUGUUGCUAAUUUGUGUCAAUAACAAUUUAAAAACCUCAGGUAAGGUCAUAUUAUUCCACCAUAGAGGAAAUAUUAGGCUGCAACCAGCAAUUAUAUUAAUUUCAGCAUAUUAUUACAAUUCAAUACAAACGUUGAGUUUACUGGUGGAGAAAAGUUGGAAAACCAGCAAAUCUUCAUCACCAUUUGGAAUUUCUGCUUCAGAAAGACUUCAGGUCGUCAAUUAUCAACAUUGUUGUCAAUUAAUUUUCUAUGUUCAAUAAAUCAGUUCAGCUUUUAGCACUGGUUAGUUUCUGAGGAAAUUAUGACAUUGUCAUGUAUAGUUGGGCCAAACAGGGUCCAAGAACUAAUCUUUGCCUGGAGGCCCCUCAGUAUGUUAAUCCAGCCAUGAUACCAAAACCCAUCAGAUACCCCAGCUCCAUAUUAUAAUAAUAAUAACAUUGAAAUGAGUAAGGAUGAUGAGUGUUGAGUAGUAGUGGCAGAUCCAGAGUCAGAGAUACCUGCAGACUGAGACACAGUCUGAUACCCCAUCAUACCCUUCUUGUACCCUCUAAUACCCCAUCAUACCCUCCUGUACCCUCUGAAAUUCCCUGCUGCCCUCUGCUGGACGUGGAAAGUGUCUCUUCAGUCUUCUGUUGACAUACUGAUGUUCAGCUGUAAAUAAACAAUAUAAACAACA